UCUGUUGCAUUCGUUUGAUGUGACGUCACAAAUACCUGUAUUAUUACGUCUUGCGAGUUCCGACUUCAUGUUUGUGUAUUGAGCGUUGCAGAGCUUGGUUAACGUGCGUAAGCCGGUGCGAAACAAUAUUAUUACUAAGUUCUUGCUGUUGCUGUUUUUAUAAGGUCUAAAGAUGACGAUUCGUUGGGGAAUAGUAAGCUGUGGCAAAAUUAGCCAUGACUUCGUUAACGCAAUCAACACUUAUCCGGACAAAGGUGAUAUGGUGAUAGCUGCAGCAGCAGCUCGGGACAAAUCUAGAGCUGAAGAGUUUGCUAAAAUCCAUAAAAUACCCAAAGUGUUCAGCUCUUACGCUGAAAUGGCAAAAAGCAAAGAUAUUGACGUUGCUUACAUCGGAGCUCUUAAUCCGGACCAUUACUCCUUGAGUAAAUUAUUCCUAGAAUCAGGAAAACAUGUUCUUUGCGAGAAACCGUUAUGUUUGAACUAUAAACAAUCGCAAAGUUUAAUCAAGAUUGCCAAAAACGGAAAUCUCUUUCUCAUGGAAGCGGUGUGGUCUCGUUUUUCGCCAUCUUACAUAGCUCUAGAAAAAGAGAUUCAGGCGGGAAAACUCGGUCAGCCCCAAUUCCUUGAGGUCAACUUCGGUGUACCGAUUGAAUCUGUUGAAAGAUUGUACAAAAAAGAGUUAGGUGGGGGUGCCAUCCUCGACCUUGGAAUUUAUACUUUACAACUGGCCCAAUACAUUUUCAAAGAUGAGCCAAUAAAAGUGACUGCAGUUAGUGAGUUGAAUAAUGAAGGAGUUGAUCUUGUAGACACGGUUGUUUUGGAAUACUCUGGCGGCAGAAGGGCUGUAUUUAACUUGAAUACAAGAAUAAAAUUGUGGAAUAAAGCAACUGUAGUUGGCCCCCUUGGAAGAGCUACACUUGAAGAACCUUUCCACUAUCCUAUUACUCUUACACAUGUCGAUGGCAAAGCGGAAAAUUUCCCUCUGCAUAAGUCAAAUCUCAAGUACAACUUUGAGAACAGCGCUGGAUUAGUUUUUGAAGCUCUUGAAGCAGCGAGAUGCAUAAGAGAAGGAUUAAUAGAAUCGCCGCGAAUGUCCCAUCAAGACUCCCUUGUUAUCGCAAAACUUAUGGACACCGUCCGCAAGCAAAUUGGCGUGCAUUACGACGUGGACGACCAGAACUUCUAAUCAAAUGAAAACACUACAAAUAGGACCAAAAAAAAUUGUACCUAUUUAUAAAAGAAAACUAAUUUUUUGAACU